UGUUGUACCCGGACACUUUUGGUAACGACAAUUGUGUGUGAGAACCUUUGCGGAACGCGGACGGUCGAAACAUAUUUUGGGCUUUAAAUGUCAUUCACAUAUUCAAGAAAAGCCGCGACUGCCCGCUGCUUUCUCGGUUAUAUGUUAGUGUGUUUUGGGAGAUAUUCGCACGUGUAGCAGGUUUGGGCGCGGCAGGAAGGAUGGCAGGUUUGGGGAAUCCAGGAAGAUGGAACCUAUUGGAUAUGCAGCAGAGCAGAAUAAUAUAACCAAUCUCCAUUUAUCAUCAUGUUUGAAAUCUACACAGCCCUAUAAAACAUAUAGAGGAUGCCAUUGCUAUGUCUUUUCUUAUUAUUCGUGGACGGUGUGUUUAGUGCAGAAACAAAUGAGUCAAUGUCAGUGAUGGAGGGAGAUUCCAUCACUCUACACACUAAUCUUACUGAAAUACAGCACAGUGACACAAUACUGUGGCUGUUUGGACCUAAAGACUCUCUCAUAUCUCAAAUAACAAGAAGGGAUGAUUUGACCUCAUUUUUUGUCACCGAUGAUGUGGAAUUCAGAGGCAGAUUGCAGGUGGAUCAAAAUACUGGAUCUCUCACCAUUAGAAACACAAGAAUCAAACACUCUGGACAAUAUAAAGUAACCAUCGCUAGGGAAAAGACUACAACCAAGAAAUUUAAUGUUACUGUAACUGGUGUAGUUGGUGAGACGGGUGGAGUGAAGUCAGUAUCAGUGACGGAGGGAGAUUCUGUCACGCUACAGAAUCAUGUUCCUGGAGUACAGAGAGACGAUCUGAUAGUGUGGAGGUUUGGAGAUAAAGGUGUCCUCCUUGCUAAAAUCGAUGUAGAAACCAAAGAGAUCUCAUUAAACGAUGCUGAUGAGAGAUUCAAAGGCAGACUUAAGUUGGAUCAGACUGGAUCUCUGACUAUCAUGAACACAAGAACUGAACACGCUGGAGUUUAUGAGCUACAGAUCAGAGGCCGCGAGAGCUCACAGCAAUUCCUUGUUUCUGUCAAGGCUGUUCCUGAUCCGGGUUGGUCUCCAGCUGCUAUAGUUGGGAUAGUGACUGCUGUUUUGUCGUUUCUAACUGCAUUUGUAGCUGGUGUUGUGAUUUACUAUCGCCGCAAGAUCUCUGACCUAAAAAUGCAUGUGGUUGAAGAGAAGUCAGUGGCCGAUGGAGAUUCUGUUACUCUAAAAACUGAUACUGAACUACAGAAAGUUGAUGAGAUACAGUGGUACUAUAUAGAAGACAACAAUCUCAUUGCUGAAAUCAGUGGAGCGACCAGAACAUGUGAUGGUGUUGAUGGAAGAUUCAGAAGCAAACUGGUGCUGGAUAAGAAGACUGGAGAUCUCACCAUCAAUAACAUCAUGCUUAAUCACUCUGGACUCUAUAAACUCAAGAUCAGCGGCAAAAACAAAAAGACCGAAAAGAGAUUCAUUCUUACCGUCAACAUGAGGACAGUGACAGCAAUCGUGGGAGAAGAUGUCCCUUUAAAUACAGAGAUUGAAGUACAAACUGAUGAUCUGUUACUGUGGACAUUCGGAGCUGAAAACAAUCUCGUUGUUAAAGCUGAUUCAGGAACGACUAGUAUUGGUGCGAGAUUCAGAGAGAGACUGGUGCUGGACAAGACAACUGGAUCUCUAAUCAUGAGAAACAUCACAACUGCAGACUCAGGACAUUUUAAACUGCAGAUCAUCAACAGCAAACAGAGUCGAUUCAAGAGAUUCAAUGUCACUGUUACUGAUUCCACAGAAAACAGAGUUGAUGAAUCACAUGGAUCGAUUGUACUGAAUCCGCUGUUGAAAGGAGGACAAGUUCAGUUUGAUAGACACACCAGUGACAGUCACUAAGUCAUUAACAGGUGUGCUCAACAACAUAUUUCUAAUUUUAUGAAAAGAAAGAAAUUAACCCAUGUGUUGUUGAAAUUUUUUGGUUUUAGAUGAACAGGGAAAUUUUUAUAAAACUCUUUCAUAAUUGACUCUUUCCUCAGCACUGUUAUUUAAGCUGCUGUGCACAGCCAGCAUAACCCCCAAGAAUAAUUCAAUAUAUUAAAAGAAAGAAUAAAGACACUGUUUUUAAACAACAACAAAACAUCUUUCUUUUUUUUAUCAACAUCUGAAAUGUUGGCAAGCUCCAAACAACAAAACAAAACCAAAAUCUGAGAAAUUAAAGACUUCAAAAGGCUUUUAUUUAAAACAAUCCAGAUCAGAUUCAGAAUGAUG